AUGCGGGCCCCGUGGGCACCGUGGCCACUCCUCUGGGCAGUGCUGCAGCUGGGCUGGCGGCCAGGAUGGCUCCAAGGCUGCCCCGAGAGGCCUGAGAGCCCCCUCACCCUCUUGCCGGCCCGGCUCACAGUGCCCGAGGGGGGAGGGGCUACGUUCACCUGCAGCUUCCCCAACACGAGCAAGCCCACUGUGCUGAACUGGUACCGAGGCAGCCCCAGCAACCAAUCGGUCAAACUGGCCGCCUACCCCCAGGACCGUGGUGAGCCAGCCCGGGACCGGCGAUUCAGCAUCACGAAGCUGGCUGACAGCCAGGCCUUCCACCUGCACAUCAGCCACGUGCUACAUAAUGACAGCGGCACCUACUACUGUGGGGCCAUCAACCUGCCCCCCGAGACGCAGAUCACCGAGAGCCCCUGUGCAGAGCUCACGGUGACAGACAAAAUCUUGGAGGCACCCACCAUGUACCCCAGCCCUGCGCCCAGGACAGUGGGCCGGUACCAGGUCCUAGCUAUCGUCGUCACGAGUGUCCUGGUGGGCAUCCUGGUGCUGCUGCUGCUGGUCUGGGUCCUGGCCACCAUCCUCCCCAGAGGCACUCAAGGGACUGACAGAGCACAGAGCAGCGGUGAGCCUCUGAAGGGGGAUCCCUCGGCUGUGCCCGUGUUCACCGUGGACUACGGCGAGCUGGACUUCCAGCGGCGGGAGAAGACCCCAGAGCCCCCCACCACCUGCUCCCCUGGGCAGACUGAGUAUGCCACCAUCGUCUUUCCUGGCAGCGUGGCCCCCGAGGGCCGCAGAGGCUCGGCCGAUGGCCUGCAGGGACUCCGGCCUCUGAGGCUUGACGACACUCACUGCUCCUGGCCCCUCUGA